UCUCCCGUAGACAAGGUCCCCAUCAAGAUCAUUACCAACCGUCAAAGCCCCUUUUGCGAAGCUAACAUCCUCCCAGAGGAACAGUGCGGAUUUCGACCCGGGCGAUCCACCGGACAUGCUGUUCGUCGUGCGCCGCCUCCAGUAGCUGGGACGGAGAAAGAAAGUACCGCUCCACAUGUGCUUCGUCGACUUGAAGAAGGCUUAUGAUUCGGUGGACCGAGAGAUGCUAUGGAAGGUGCUGGCCGGGGCCGAGAUUCCCGCGAAGCUGAUCAAAGUCAUCCGCCAAUUCCACGAUGGAAUACAGGCCCGGGUGUACAUGGACGAAGGAGAACUAUCGGGCUGGUUCUUCGUGACACAUAGCGUGCGACAAGGAUGUGUGCCAUCCCCACUGCUGUUCAACAUCUUCUUCGCCGAGGUUCUCGAGGUCGUUGUCAUCCGAUUCAGCAAGGACGAUGUUGUUCUACGGAGCCUCGUGCGCUUGGAGGAGGGGAAGACGGAAGCGAGGGGGGGGGAGGAGACACCCCUUGACCGAGUACGUUGGACAAUAUGGGGGAUGCUGCAUGCCCAUGAUGCCGGCGUCGUAUCGAGGUCAGCAGAAGGACUGGCGAGAAUGAUGACCAUCAUCGUCGAGGUGUUCGGGGAGUUCGGGCUGACGGUAUCGGAGAAGAAGACGGAGACGCUCCUGAUGCCCGCGAAGGACAAGCCGACUACAACAACACAGCCAUCCCCGCCUCCACCGCUGACCACCGAAGCCGCCGGACAGAAAAACGCCCAGACGACCGAGUGGCCUCGCGAUGUGGCCGGGGAGCUCUUCGACAGACCGAAAGUGCCAUUCCGAGUCAAGAUCCGUCUGCUCCAGGCGAAGGCGAUUGAGGUGCUGCUGUACGGCUGCAUGACAUGGUCACCACUCUGCGGCCACUACCAGACGCUGCGGUCGAUACACCACCGACUGCUCCUUCGAGUUAUCGGGUACAAGCGCAAGAAAGACACCUACCGGCAGCUCUCUUACGCCCAGACGCUGAAGAGGGUCGGAUGCCAGAGCGUUGAAGCCACGAUCCGACAACGACGCCUACUGUUUGCGAGAGCGUUGGCAAGGCAGCCGGACGGGCGACUCCCGAAACGACUGAUGCUCGGCGAACUUGCGGGGGGGGGAGAAGCGACGUAG